UGUUUUGGCAUGCUGGCGAUUUUUGUGCCCAACAAUGAUUGAACCAUGCUGAGAAGUCUGUUGAGAUCUGAAUGUCAAAAUGUGGAUAUCAGAAUGAUAACAUGUUUCCAGGCCACAUUGGAAUGGGGGUGGGGUGAUUUUGUUUACACACCGGGUUUCUUAAUAUAGGCAGUUCUGAAAUGCAAACACAGCUAUUCCCAAGAAUGUCUUCAUAAUUUUGGAACCCAAGCCCUCAGAUCUGAACUGCAGCCCUGUUCAGAUGUUGAUUAUUUGUACCUUAGAAGGUUGCAUUCAAAUACGGUGACCUUCCUUUGAGUGGGCUGCGCACAUACUUACCUCACUUUCUUUGGGUCACCUCGGGUUGUCUCAACGCGCUCAGACCAGCAAGAUGUCUGUCGUACUUUUUCUGUUCAUACCAGGAUUUGCCUGGUUUUCAAGCGACCUUCAACCUUGCCGAUUGUGUUGUUUGUGGGUGAAAUCCUUUACUUAGUCUAACAAGUUGUGGCAACCAUGGAUGUGCAUGCGUGCAAACAUUCAAGAAGAGAAGCUGCAAGUACCAAGUACAGAAUGGGAAAUAGACUUUGAGAAGGGACAUGUUGAGCUGAAGAUCAAGCCUACUGACAAUGUCUUGAGAUUACAACGAGUAGUGGACGCUUUGUGUGGGUAUCUUCUCUUAUAGCCAUUUCUUUCUAUGCAUGACAGAAAGCAAUUGAUGCCUCUUAUGAGUGCUGUACAUACGCUAAUGACUGCAUGUCUUGUGUGUAACUACACCUUUUUUAUC